AUGAGAAAGCUGGGCUCGAUAGGGCCUCCGCUGAGUGAGUGCUGGGAGUUUUACCGCAUUUUGAUCCGGCAGCAAGGCGAUGUCCUAGCUGGGAAAUCCGACAAAGAAGCAUUCAUUCGUGGAUUGAAACGAUUCCCUGUACUCAUAAAAGUGACAGUCACACCUGCAGCCCAUGGCUUUCUUUUCAACCCACUUUGUCAAACUCCCAUGAUUCGAUCAUUCCUGGGAGGAUUCAAUUAUCCCACACCCCGCGGAUGGCCACCUCCUAGUCAUGAUCAAACGGAGGACGUAUAUUCGCUUCCUUGGAAACGGAUCAACGAAGUGCAGAAGGAAAAGUUCCACAGAUUUCGGAUCGUAGCACGUGCGCUCGCUGAACAAAAGAAUGAUGUCGUCGAGUUCAGAGUGGAUUCCCGUCUACUUCGAACGCGAAUUAACUGCUCGAUUCUUGAUGACACUUGUGAGGAAUAUAAUCACUUGGCCACGCUGCUCAAAAAACCGGGCUUCCGUCACCUCGAUCUUUCUUUCACUCUCGCCGGAACAUGGCAAUAA